AUGGAGGAAACAAAUUCAACUAGUGUAGAGUUCGGAUCAAGUGCUAUUGGAAGUGAAAUUGCGGACAAUACUGUAAAUGCUCCUAAACCACUACUAGGAAUGAAGUUUAAUAGUUAUGAAGAAGUCUGCGAGAAGAAGGUAUGCCUCCUUCCACUAUUUCUCGUGUCAUCAAUGCAACUAAUGGAAGAGAAGAGUAUGAUAGCGAAUGAUCCAGAAUUUUAUUUUGCGAUAGAAGUAGACAGUAGUGGACAAAUGAGGAGUGUUUUCUGGGCCGAUGGAAGAUCAAGAGCAUCUUAUUUGAAAUUCAGUGAUGUUAUUGUGUUUGAUGUGACAUACAGAACUAAUAAGUUCAGUCUUCCAUUUGCUCCAUUUACUGGUGUAAAUCAACAUAGGCAGUCCACUUUACUUGGUUGUGCAUUAUUAGCCGAUGAACAGGAAGAUACCUUUGUUUGGUUAUUUAAAGAAUGGCUGAAAUGCAUGCAUGGCAUUGAACCAGGUGCUAUUAUAACAGAUCAAGAUAGAGCAAUGUGUAAUGCUAUUCACUCAGUGUUUCCAACGACAAGACACCGUUAUUGCUAUUGGCACAUGCAAAAGCAUAUUAUUGAUCAUUUGCCUACUUUGAUAUCUUGUUAUGGUGAACAGUUUCAAAGGUAUUGGGGCUUGUGGUAUAAUAGUUCUUCAAUUGAACAAUGUGAAGGAUAUUGGGUUGAGAUGAAAGAGAAGUUUUAUAUAAAUGAAGAAGGUGAGGGAUGGUUGCAAACAAUUUACAAAUGCCGAGAUCACUGGGUGCCGUGUUAUCUGAAGGACACUUUUUUUGCUAGAAUGAGAUCAAGCCAAAAGAGUGAAAGUAUUAAUGCAUUUUUUGAUGAGUAUGUUAACUCACAGACUCAAUUACACGAGUUUGUGACACAAUAUGAAAAAACAGUAACUCAUCGUCGCUUAAGUGAAGCCCAUGAAGAUUUUAAGAGUCUUAACCAGUAA